AUGCCGGAUCCUGAAAUGGAAUGCUUCGGCCCGGCGGCCGCCUACCUCCGGAAACCGGAAAAAGAGAGGAUUGAAGCACAAAACUCCCCUUUUGAUGCUAAGACAGCUUACUUCGUGACGGAGCCCGCAGAGAUGUACCUGAAGGGGAAACUUGUGAAGAGGGAGGGUGGCAAAGCCACGGUGGAGACUCUUGGCGGAAAGGUGAGAGUUUAAGUUUAUCAGUGCUGGAGAUUUUUCAUAGAGAUUCAAGUCUGUUGUGGUGGCAUGGAAACAUGGUUACAUUAGAGGUGUUACUCAGAAUUAACAAAAGAAAUGAAAAGAAGUAAAAGAAAAUCAAUCCUAGAUGACUUUGGGACAGACUGAGGAAUAAUUUGGUUAUCAUUAUGUCUGACAUUAAGACAUUUCCAAAUGAGACUGAUGGAUGGAUUGAUCGAUAAAUUGAUUGACUUUACUUAUAUUUAUGUGACAUGCACACAAAAGUACCCAGCCUUCAAAGGUUAACAAGACACCAGAAUAACAGCUGCAGUGGUCCAGCGGUCAAAGUUGCUUGUUCCUCUUUACAGAUCCACCUUGAACUUUGUAUCCUGUCUUUUCUCCUCCUCGGCUUUGUAGAUAAAAUCUGCCACAAAAAAAGGUUCAUAUUAUAAAACAUAAGCCAAGAUUUUCAUAACCAUCCAAUCUGAAAAUAUAUUAGCAUCAAUUGAAGACAUUUUACCAUAGUCAGCGGACCUAAUGAUGGUACUCCACACCAUGGCAGAAUGUUACUAUACAGUCAGUCACACUCAUACAAAAGCACAUAUGGAAUCAAACUUAUGUGUGCAUCUAAUACAAGAACAGUAAUAAGUGAGGAUUAGAUGUAGUAACAGUGGUUUAGUUGAACAUUGUGCUAUGAUAUUGUUAUUUACAUGCAUACAUUCACUAUGUAUUGCACUCUUGGUAAAGGGGAAGGGGAAAAGUUACCCCUCAGUUCAAGUGCUUAACUGCAAGGACUAUGAAGGUGUUACACUCUUAUGUUGGGGCCCCUAUAAAGCCAUGUAGAGAAUCUCCACAAGAGGGCCUCAGCCAACAGCUCCUGUUGUUUUAAAUGUUUGUGUCUGUUCCCCCUCUAUUUUUGACAGUCUAUAACGGUGAAGGAGGAUGAAGUCUUUCCCAUGAACCCUCCCAAGUUUGAUAAAAUCGAGGACAUGGCCAUGAUGACCCACCUCAGUGAACCCUCUGUGCUGUAUAACCUCAAAGAGCGUUACGCAGCAUGGAUGAUCUACGUGAGUUUUGUAAAGGGAAAGAGAACCUGAAUAGUGUACAUGUGUACGUGUUUGUAUAAAAGUUACACUCUCGCGUUUUCACACCACUGCAGACCUACUCUGGGCUGUUCUGCGUCACCGUGAACCCCUAUAAGUGGCUCCCAGUGUACGAUGCAGUUGUUGUGGCAGGAUACAGAGGGAAGAAGAGGAUUGAGGCUCCACCCCACAUCUUCUCUAUCUCAGACAAUGCCUAUCAGUUCAUGCUGCAAGGUAUCCCCAUAUGUUAAUGAACUAAAGGUUGAUUUUUUUUUGCAUUGCAUGUGGGAUAGUUUGUUUUUUGAUGUUAAAGUACACAGUUAAACUUGACUGUUGUGCACCAUUUUGAUGUCUUGCAGAUAGAGAAAACCAGUCCAUCCUGAUCACGUAAGUAUUGAUUAUUAGUGGUGCAGUAUACAUGUACAGUGCUCAGCAUAAAUGAGCACACCCUUUCAGAGUUGUCAGAAAACCUUCAGUUUGCUUUCAAAAUCAAUAUUUUCUAUGUCAGACUGUACAACAAAAUACUCCCACGAAUGUAGGCCAUUGAUUGCAAACAAGAUUUUUUUAGUUGCAUACAAAAAAAGUUGUUUUUUUUUUCAAUUUAAAAUCAGAAUGCAAAAAUGAGUGCACCCCAAUCAAAGUUCUGGGAGCAAAGUUAAAUUAUAGUUACCAUAUCACCCUUAUUUUCAUCUCAUGGAAAAUAAAAUGUUAUGUUAAAAUCAGCUCUGUGAAAACUUUGGAAAUUGUACUUUCGCUCAUCUAGAUAUUGAGUAAUACAUUACUUUUAAUAGGGGGUGUACUGACUUAUGCUGGGUACUGUAUAUGCACACAUAUAUACAAUAUGAUAUUGUGUCCUAUGCUAUUGAAAAAUAAUACAUAUGAACACAUUCCUCAAACUAGUGGAGAAUCUGGUGCUGGAAAGACUGUCAACACCAAACGUGUCAUCCAGUACUUUGCAACAAUUGCAGUGGCUAGUGGAAAGAAGCAAGAGCACACUCCUGGCAAAAUGCAGGUAGAUGGAGUUGAUGAAUGCUGAAAACAAACUUAAGUAACAAGAAAUGACUUUAAAUGACCAUUUUUUAAUUGACUUCACUUCUAGGGGUCACUGGAAGAUCAAAUCAUUGCAGCAAACCCACUGUUGGAAGCUUAUGGUAAUGCCAAGACUGUGAGGAAUGACAACUCUUCCCGUUUUGUAAGUUGUUUUUGUUUAUUUGCUUUAUUUAAAGGGAAGGGAAAGGCAUUACUCUUAAAAACUUUGGCUGAUUGUGACAUCAACCUAUCACAGAGGCAAAUUUCUGACUGUUGGUGCUCAAUAAUCAGUACUCUGAACUCUCGUGUGCAAUGACAACACACUUAUUCUGCUCUGAAUCUCUACUCACACAGGGAAAAUUCAUCAGAAUCCACUUUGGGACUACAGGAAAGCUGGCUUCAGCAGAUAUUGAAACAUGUAAGAAUUGAAAAUCAUUGACAAUUAUCAGUUUGCACUAAAAGAAGCUUAAGAUAGAAACCCUGAGAGGCAAAAAGAAGAGAUACUCAACGAUGCAAAUCUUCAGUCUAAUCAUUUAGUGUUUUCUUUCCUGUAAUGUUGACUUAGUUUCCACCAUUUUUUCCCAAGAACAUUUUUUAAAAUCUGUGAAAGCUGUUUGGAUUAAAUAGUUUUACAAGGAUAAUCUUUGUGUUUAUUGAUGUGACACUGCAUUUUGCCAUUAGAGUCUGAAUUAUUUGCUAGUAAUGGUGAAUAAGUAGCCAAUGGUCAGUAUAUUGUAUAAAUCAAAUAAGAAGAACUUUAUUGACGCCUGAAGGGAAUUUCUUUUUUAUAAUCAGAGUGAACAGAAAAAUCUUCUAGUUUUGUUCACUCAGGAUGUCUGGGGUGAUUUUUGCUUUUUUAAAGGACAUUUUAUCAAAUUUUGCUCCAUCCAGAUCUGCUGGAGAAGUCUCGAGUCACCUUCCAGCUGUCUGCUGAGAGAAGCUACCACAUCUUCUAUCAGCUCAUGACAGGCCACAAACCAGAGCUGAUAGGUAUGAAACCGAAGAAAUUAUAUUUGCUAUUAGCUGGCAAUACUGCACAACAAUGGUUGGUUAAUGGUGGAAGAAAACUCUUUUCAAUUCUUCUUCCUUCUGUCUUUUUCUCCAGAGGCUCUCCUCAUCACCACCAAUCCCUACGAUUAUCACAUGAUCAGUCAGGGUGAAAUCAGCGUCAAAAGUAUUGAUGACAUUGAAGAAUUCGUCGCAACUGAUGUAAUUUCACUUUCAUUUAGCUGAUUUCUGUACAGCCACGACGCAUUUCUGUCCACUUUUGUACUUUGAAAAUGAAUAAUUAGGGUGUUACAGAGUGAUUGUGUCUCUGCUACUUUCAAAGUUAAUCACUUUUAAGUUCUUUCUUUGUCUUUGAGGGAUUGAUAACAAGGCUUUGAUUUACUGCUUUGUUGAACUAUAGAAAUAAUAUCUCUCUUUCUAUUGCUUUGGUAGUGAACUGCAUUACAAUUACGUUAAAGAUGUUUGCAUUAUGUGUUUUAAUCCGUCCCCUUAUUCCACAGACUGCUAUUGAUAUUCUGGGCUUCACUGCAGAGGAGAAAGUUAGCAUGUACAAGCUGACUGGAGCUGUGAUGCAUCACGGAAACAUGAAGUUCAAGCAGAAGCAGCGUGAAGAGCAGGCUGAGCCUGAUGGCACUGAGGGUAUACGACUACUAUAAAACUCUAACCUCAUGAUAAUGUGUUUGGUGCCUGAUGGUACCUGUAGUUUAGAAAUUCAUUUACAAGUCAUCAAGUUAUGUUUGCAAGAGUUCUAAAGUUGAUCAUUUUUGUUGUUUCAGUGGCUGAUAAAAUCGCCUACCUCAUGGGUCUGAACUCAGCUGACCUGUUGAAGGCGCUGUGUUACCCACGUGUGAAAGUGGGGAAUGAGUAUGUGACCAAAGGCCAGACUGUACCUCAGGUAGAUUAUGAAAACUUGUAUAAUCCUGUGACUCAUCAUUCUGUAGCCUGAUGAUCACCUGACAGCAAGAACUAACAUCUACCAUUAUUUCUGCAAACUCAGGUCAACAACGCGGUGAUGGCUCUCUGCAAGUCUGUCUAUGAGAAAAUGUUCUUGUGGAUGGUGGUCAGAAUUAAUGAGAUGUUGGAUACCAAGCAGCCCAGAAGCUACUUCAUUGGUGUCCUGGAUAUUGCUGGGUUUGAAAUCUUUGAUGUAAGUGUGCUUCACUGUUAUUGAAUCAUCUUUUGUCGCCUGAUAUAAAAAAGGUCAACAUCAAUCCAUGUCACUUAAAGCCUUUACUGACUUUUGAUUUCUUAUCGAUUUAGUACAACAGCUUGGAGCAGCUGUGCAUCAACUUUACUAAUGAGAAACUGCAACAGUUUUUCAACCACCACAUGUUUGUGCUGGAGCAAGAGGAGUAUAAGAAAGAGGGAAUUGAAUGGGAGUUCAUUGACUUCGGUAUGGAUUUGGCUGCCUGCAUUGAGCUGAUCGAGAAGGUGGGUGAUAUUUUUGAUGUUCUUAAACCCUGAUAACUCUGCGAUGACUUCAAAAUUUUAGUUUCAAAUAAUCAUCUCAUUACGACAGCCGAUGGGCAUCUUCUCCAUCCUUGAAGAGGAGUGCAUGUUCCCCAAGGCAACAGACAUGACCUUCAAGAACAAAAUGUACGACCAGCAUAUCGGGAAAAGUGCUCCCUUCCAGAAACCCAAACCGGCCAAAGGCAAAGCUGAGGCUCAUUUCUCCCUGGUACAUUAUGCUGGCACUGUUGACUACAAUGUCACUGGCUGGCUUGAUAAGAACAAAGACCCUCUGAACGACUCAGUUGUUCAGCUCUACCAGAAGUCUUCAGCCAAACUCUUGGCCUUGCUGUAUGCAUCACAUGCUGCAACAGAUGGUAAGAAUCAUGUUUCUAAGAACAACAUGGAGAUGAUUUUUCUUCGCUUUAUUUGCCAUUCACUCAAACACACUACUUUGACUGUGGCGAAGAUAUAGAAAAGAAAAGUUUGAACUAUUGCGUAUUUGAUCUGUUCAUAUCUAUUUUUGUGGUACAGCUGAGGGUGGUGGUGGCAAGAAGGCCGGCAAGAAGAAGGGUGGGUCAUUCCAGACCGUAUCCGCUUUGUUUAGGGUGAGCAUCACAAAUAACUGGCAAGCUUAUGACUUCAGUAGCAUUUGGACAAUUUCUUAAUCAUGUAUAAGAAAAAAUCUGACAUAAUUACAAAACAUGGAUCUAUUUCUUUUAUAGGAGAAUUUGGGCAAGCUGAUGACCAACUUGAGGAGCACUCAUCCUCAUUUUGUGCGCUGCCUGAUCCCAAAUGAAUCUAAGACACCAGGUAAGCUUGAUAUCAGAAGUAAUUUAUGCAUGUGAAUAUGACUCAACGUGAUGCUAACUUCAGCAUGUCCUUUAGGUCUCAUGGAGAACUUCCUGGUCAUCCACCAGCUGAGGUGUAACGGAGUGCUGGAAGGAAUCAGGAUCUGCAGGAAAGGUUUCCCCAGCAGAAUCCUCUACGGUGACUUCAAGCAGAGGUAUUUACCGAUUACCGAAUACACUCCGAUAUACUCUGAUCAUUUGCGAUGACUUAUUGGAUUGUUAAUUAAUUUCUUUCUGACCAGAUACAAAGUAUUGAAUGCCAGCGUCAUCCCUGAGGGACAGUUCAUCGACAACAAGAAGGCCUCUGAGAAACUCUUGGGCUCUAUUAGCAUUGACCACACUCAGUACAAGUUUGGACACACAAAGGUAUUGCUGCUUUGUUGUUUUUUUACCCCUUCAUUUACAAGUACCUGUAACAAAUCAUGUUAAGAAACUCUUUGUUUCAGGUGUUCUUUAAAGCCGGUCUGCUGGGUACUCUUGAGGAGAUGAGAGAUGAGAAACUGGCGGAGCUGGUCACAAUGACUCAGGCUCUCUGCAGAGGUUUCCUCAUGAGAACAGAGUUUGUCAAGAUGAUGGAGAGAAGGUAAUGCAGACAAAUCUCAUAUUGUGCAACCAUUUAUGUAAAAACAAAAGCUGUUUGUUAACUUAAAUACACGUCAACUUUGAUGUUCAUCCAAGGGAGGCCAUCUACUCCAUCCAAUACAACAUCCGCUCAUUCAUGAAUGUCAAAACAUGGCCAUGGAUGAAGCUCUACUUUAAGAUUAAGCCUCUGCUGAAGAGUGCAGAGACUGAGAAAGAGAUGGCACAGAUGAAAGAGGACUUCGAAAAGACCAAAGAGGAUCUCGCAAAGGCCUUGGCCAAGAAGAAAGAACUGGAGGAGAAGAUGGUUACUCUCCUUCAGGAGAAAAAUGAUUUGCAGCUGCAAAUUGCAUCUGUACGUAUCCAGCUAAGAUGGAACUCCUUUUGCAGGGGUGCAGUAUUUUCAAUUUGGUAAAUGUUACUGCUAUCUCUUAUCAAAUGUAGGAAAUGGAAACUCUCAGUGAUGCAGAGGAAAGAUGUGAGGGGCUCAUCAAAGCCAAAAUCCAUCUCGAGGCCAAAGUCAAAGAGACAGCUGAGAGACUGGAGGAUGAGGAGGAAAUAAAUGCUGAGCUGACGGCAAAGAAGAGGAAGCUGGAGGACGAGUGCUCUGAGUUGAAGAAAGACAUCGAUGAUUUGGAGCUCACCCUGGCAAAAGUGGAAAAGGAGAAACAUGCCACUGAGAACAAGGUUCACAUCCCAUUAUUUUGGAUUGUGUUUUUGUAGGAAAUUACUUUGAUCAACUUUUAAAUAACUGUCCUAAUCCAAUUAUUAAGGUUAAAAACCUAGUGGAAGAAAUGGCCUCUCAAGAUGAGACCAUCGCCAAGUUGUCCAAAGAGAAGAAAGCCCUCCAAGAGGCCCAUCAGCAGACCCUUGAUGAUCUCCAGGCAGAGGAAGACAAAGUCAACACUCUGACCAAGGCUAAGACUAAGCUGGAGCAACAAGUGGAUGACGUGAGUGGUCACUGCAAAGAACUUUUCAGUUCCUUUGAAAGUUAAGAACAACUUAUGACACCUCAUGUGGGUUUUUACAGCUUGAAGGUUCCCUGGAACAAGAAAAGAAGCUCCGUAUGGACCUUGAGCGAGCUAAAAGAAAGCUUGAAGGAGAUCUCAAACUGGCCCAGGAAACCAUCAUGGAUCUAGAGAAUGACAAGCAGCAGGCUGAGGAGAAAUUAAAGAAGUGAGUGUAAUUCAAAUCAGCAAAUAUUGGACUAAAAUUUAUUCUUUUAGCAUACAGUAUCCAGAUUUCUUCUUGCCGAGGAGCAUACUUGAUUGUGAAAAUUGUGGAGACCUUCAACAAAGAUGUUUUAAAACACUAGAACUGGUUCUUUGUGUUAAAAUGUACCUUUAGUAAUCAUAGACCUUCAGGAAAUACAACCAUUGCCUUUGCUUACUUUGAGAUUAAAUCAAUGCUGGAAAUAAUGCUUUUGAAAUUUUGCCUCUUCACAGGAAGGACUUUGAAACAAGCCAACUUCUUAGCAAGAUUGAAGAUGAGCAGAGUCUUAGUAUCCAGCUCCAGAAAAAGAUAAAGGAGCUUCAGGUGUGAUUUCUAGGUGUUACUCAGAGGCAGUUGGAACAUAAAAGAAUCAUGAACAACUUUAACCUAACUUUGUGAAUUUCAGGCUCGUAUUGAGGAGCUGGAAGAGGAGAUCGAAGCUGAGCGUGCUGCUCGGGCCAAAGUAGAGAAGCAGAGGUCUGAUCUCUCCAGGGAACUUGAGGAGAUCAGCGAGAGGCUUGAGGAAGCUGGUGGAGCAACAUCGGUGCAGAUUGAGAUGAACAAGAAGCGUGAGGCCGAGUUUCAGAAGCUGCGCCGUGACCUGGAAGAGUCCACCCUGCAGCAUGAGGCCACUGCUGCCGCCCUCCGCAAGAAGCAGGCCGACAGCGUGGCAGAGCUGGGAGAACAGAUCGAUAACCUCCAGAGAGUCAAACAGAAGCUGGAGAAAGAGAAGAGUGAAUACAGGAUGGAGAUUGAUGACCUUACGAGCAACAUGGAGGCUGUGGCCAAAGCCAAGGUGAAGUAUGGUUCACUUGCUUGAGCAGAAGAUCAAAAUUGAAAAAUUCUUGGUCUCAUUCUCAUGAAUAAGACUAUAUAUUGCAUUAAUUGGGAUCAAUGCAAAUUUUGUUCAUUUCAGACCAAUCUGGAAAAAAUGUGUCGAACACUUGAGGAUCAACUGAGCGAACUGAAGACUAAAAAUGAUGAGCAUGUGCGACAGCUGAAUGACGUUGGAGUACAAAGGGCAAGACUACAGACUGAGAAUGGUACUGAAAACAUAUAUUUGAGAUGACUCUUACUUUGAUUCUUGUAAAAUUUUAUUAUCUUCUUUACAAUAUGAAGCACAUAUCAAACUUGAUUUCUCUUUCAAGGUGAAAUCUCUCGCCAGCUGGAGGAAAAAGAAGCCCUCAUCUCUCAGCUGACACGAAGCAAGCAGGCUUUUACCCAGCAGACCGAGGAGCUCAGGAGGCACAUUGAAGAGGAAGUUAAAGUAGGUUCACACUACAGACACUGACAGAACUGCAGAUCUUAUUACACUCUUGGGUUCAACGGUUAUGGUUAAGGUGAAUGAACAUUAAAAACACUGUCUUUAUUUCUUUGAAAGGCCAAGAAUGCCCUGGCUCAUGCUGUUCAGUCAUCUCGCCAUGACUGUGAUCUGCUCAGAGAGCAGUAUGAGGAGGAGCAGGAGGCCAAAGCUGAGCUGCAGCGCGCAAUGUCCAAGGCUAACAGUGAAGUGGCUCAGUGGAGGGCAAAAUAUGAGACUGAUGCCAUUCAGCGCACUGAGGAGCUGGAGGAGGCAAAGUAAGCCAUUAAAAAUUUUCAAUCCUGUCAACCACCUCUGCUGAAGGAAAUAAAUGUUACACUGUCAACGUAUCAUGUGUUAUUAACAGGAAGAAGCUCGCCCAGCGUCUUCAGGAUGCAGAGGAAUCCAUUGAGGCUGUAAAUGCAAAAUGUGCCUCUCUGGAAAAAACUAAGCAGAGACUUCAUGGUGAGGUGGAGGAUCUCAUGAUUGAUGUAGAGAGAGCCAACGCUCUGGCUGCAAGUCUGGACAAGAAGCAAAGGAACUUUGACAAGGUCAGAUGUUAAUGAUGCAACAAGUUCAUACGUUGAGUAGUGAUGGAUUAUGGCUAAAUAACACUCAGAGGUCUUCUCAUGUUUUAGGUUCUGGCAGAGUGGAAACAGAAGUAUGAGGAAUGCCAAGCAGAGCUUGAGGGAUCUCAAAAAGAAGCCCGUUCUCUGAGCACCGAGAUGUUCAAGCUGAAGAAUUCAUAUGAAGAGGCUCUGGACCAGCUGGAGACCCUGAAGAGGGAGAACAAAAAUCUACAACGUAUGCAAAGUUUUAAAACUACAAAAUCUCAAAUAAAAAAACUAAUAGAGGAAUGGACAGAAAUUUAAUUGUGAAGGAUUUUUUAGAAUUUAUAAUUGAUUACCAUUCAAUGACCCACUCUUGGAAAAAGUAGGACAGAGCGAUAGUGCCCCCUAGUGAGUCAACAGUUUUACCCUCUCUUGGGUUUCCAUUUCCAACCAACAUCACAUUAAAAUAGCAGACCACUUUAGGAGUAUGCAAGUGUUAAUACAUAGUUCAGUGUUUAACAUUUAGAAAAUUGAUUCAGCUUCUUCAAUAAUCAUUCCUUACAGAGGAGAUUUCUGAUCUAACUGAACAAAUUGGUGAGACUGGGAAAACUAUCCAUGAACUGGAGAAGGCGAAGAAGACCAUAGAGAUCGAGAAGACGGAACUCCAGACUUCACUUGAAGAGGCAGAGGUACUGUUUGACAAUGAACUGUUGAUAAUCGAAGAGAAUUUAAAGUGAUGCUGGAGCCACAACAUUUGUUUAUUCUCUAUUCUCAAGGCAACCCUGGAACAUGAGGAGUCCAAGAUCCUUCGUGUUCAGCUUGAGCUCACCCAAGUCAAGAGUGAAAUUGACAGAAAACUUGCCGAGAAGGACGAGGAGAUGGAGCAGAUCAAGAGGAACAGCCAGAGAGUGAUUGACACCAUGCAGAGCACUUUGGAUGCCGAGAUCAGAAGUAGAAAUGAUGCCCUGAGAAUCAAAAAGAAGAUGGAGGGAGACCUCAACGAGAUGGAGAUUCAGCUGAGCCAUGCCAACCGUCAGGCUGCUGAGGCCCAGAAACAGCUGAGGAACGUGCAAGGACAGCUGAAGGUAUUGCAGCAUGUCACACAAAACACAAGCUGGCAAAGUUGAUUUCAUUCAGAAUGCACUGCAAAGAGAGUUUUAUUAUUUAUUUAGGAUGCCCAACUGCACCUUGAUGAAGCUAUCAGAGGUCAGGAGGAAAUGAGGGAGCAGGUUGCCAUGGUGGAGCGCAGGAACAACCUGAUGCUGGCUGAAAUUGAGGAGCUGAGAUCUGCUCUGGAGCAGACCGACAGGAGCCGCAAAAUAGCUGAGCAGGAGCUGGUAGAUGCCAGCGAGCGUGUGGGGCUGCUGCACUCUCAGGUAAUCGAGGAUUGAAAUGAUGUGAUCAACACCUGAUCACUGUAAAACAAUGCAUGUAACCAAAGGUGUGAUUGGUUUAGAACACCAGCCUCAUCAACACAAAGAAGAAGUUGGAAGCUGACCUCAUCCAGGUCCAGGGUGAAGUGGAAGAUUCUGUUCAGGAAGCAAGAAACGCUGAAGAAAAGGCCAAGAAGGCCAUCACUGAUGUGAGUUCUCUUCUUUAUUGACAGAUAACAGUCGACAUGCCAAAUUGUAUGGGGUUUUUUUGUGCUUGAUUACUAAAACCAUUACACUAUCAUAACUUUUCAUAUAAAAUUCAACAUUUAGGCCGCCAUGAUGGCAGAGGAGCUGAAGAAGGAGCAGGAUACUAGUGCUCAUUUGGAGAGGAUGAAGAAGAAUCUGGAGGUGACGGUGAAGGAUCUGCAGCACCGCCUUGAUGAAGCUGAGAAUCUGGCUAUGAAGGGAGGCAAGAAGCAGCUCCAGAAACUGGAGGCCAGGGUAAAUGUUGUUUGGUACCUCUUCAGAUUUAUCGCAAGACUUUUUUUCCUGGCAAUGUAAACAAACUGAAAGCUUUGUCAUCUUUCAAGGUUCGUGAAUUGGAGGCUGAGGUUGAUUCUGAACAGAGGCGUAGUGCUGAGGCAAUCAAGGGAGUGCGCAAAUAUGAGAGGAGAGUGAAGGAGCUCACCUAUCAGGUAAACUUCUAUCCAACCAAUUGAAACUCAAGCUACUUAAUGUAAUAUUUACUGAAAUAAAAACCUGUCUAUGAUGAUGGAAACAGUUCUAAGGUACUCUUAUGUUUGUUUUUUCAAAUUUUCCACCAUCACUGAAACAUGACAGUUUGAGGAGGACAAGAAGAAUAUUGCCCGACUUCAGGAUCUGGUUGACAAGCUGCAGCUGAAAGUCAAAUCCUACAAGAGGCAGGCCGAGGAAUCCGUAAGUACAAACGAUUCUCAAAAUCACACAUAUUCUGUUGUAUCAGUCUGCGGGUCUUCACGUCUUUGUGGGUUAUCAUACAGGAGGAGCAGGCCAACACUCACCUGUCCAGGUACAGGAAGGUGCAGCAUGAGAUGGAGGAAGCUCAGGAGCGUGCUGACAUCGCUGAGUCCCAGGUCAACAAACUGAGGGCAAAGAGUCGCGAAAUCGUCAAGGUGACGGUAAGGGAAAACCUUAGAGAAAACAAGUAGUAGAAAUGAUUUACUCUGGAUAUCCAUCUUCAGAGUAUUGAUCAAAUGAGAACAUUUCUUACAAGUCAACAUUCUUGUCUUUCAGGUCAAGGAGGCAGAAGAGUGA